AGAAAAGAGCACACAGCAGUCCAGUCAGUCGGCAGUCAGCAGCACACAACACACAACAACAGCAGCGAACGAGCCUUGUCUACUCUGUCAACCGACUUCAUGUUCAUGCUGCGAUGAGACGAGGGUUCCUGUUGUUUGACAAUUGAGCCUAAGGCCUACGUCGCUUUUUUCAUCUCUUUACUAUCCUCAUGCCACAAUGUUCUGCAAACUAUGGAGACCAAGCAUGGUGCACCCUUCCGCCACAACAGUGUUGAAUGUGUUUUGGCGAUGUUUGAAUACGUCAAGGUCCAACUCCAACAAAAGUUUCGCGGAGCAUGUUGAGGGAAAGACAAUGCAGAAACUAAUAAACAAGAAAGGGGCGAAAACCAAGAGAAAAUGGUACCAGCCACACGUAGCAGAGCCGUUGGAACCUUUGGGGAAGAAAAUGGCUUCUGUCAAGAAAGGAGAGAAUGAAGCUCAGAGGACGAGAGCCCGGCAGUUGGGUCACGUGCUGUAUGACAAGAUCACACAAAUCGUCAACACCGGGGAGUUGGCUCAAGAGCUCCAAGACAAACAAGUGCUUAUUACAUCGGUAAAAAUGAAUCCAAAUUUUGGAGGGAUGAACGUUUACUGGGAUGCAGACAGAACUGAUGCUUUGGAAGUUGAGGAGCUGCUCUUUGCUAACAGCGGUAGACUCAGAAGUCUGCUGAUAUCCUACCACGUUCUAGGCCGUAUACCGGCCAUUACGUUUGUCAAGUCAAAGGGCAAAGGUAGCAGUGUCUCUCGUAUCAAUGAACUAUUGGAGGUAGCGGACUAUGGGCCUGAUUACAAGCCAACCACUUGGUAUAAAAGUGCAGAGUCAACAAACAGAUUAACAAAUAACAGUGUCUCUAAGACUGAGGAUGGAAAUGGAAUCAAACCGAGUCUCAGUGAAAAUCAAAUUAAUGUUCAUGUGGCAAAUCGUGAAGUUGCAGAAAAUGUUGACAGUUCCAACAUAUCAACUCUUCGAGACAGCACUCUUGUUCGGGACUUGACUUGUGAAUAUUUCAGUGCAGAAGGUCUAGACUUUCACUGUAAUGUUUACAGUUUGCCUCAUGAGGAUUUGAUGAAGAAGGUGAUGGCAAAGAAAAGCAAAAAACAUUUGAAUGAUGAAGAAACUGUCAUAAAUUCUAAAGAUUACUCAGAAUAUAGUGAGAAGCUCGCCAGUUUGGAGAGGAUAAGAAUGAGGUCCAAGGCUGGAAAAGAGUCGACAAAAGUGAAACAAAAACGUCUGGAAAGAGAUGUACAGGACUUCCUGUCCAUGACCACACCCAGGAGUGUAACUGACAAUGAUCACAUUGAUGAUGACUUCGAUGAACAUGAUGAUGUGGGUGAUGAUAAUAAAAAUUUGUGAACAAGUAGCAAAA